AUGGAUGAUGAUGACUAUUGGAAUACAAGUGAAACUAAAGCCAAAGCUUUUAGUUUUGACGAUGAUGUGCUAUCAACUCGCGAGAUUUUAGCCAUAGGUCAGAAAUCACACCCCGGCCAGUCUGUUGACAGUGUGUUUACUACAUUAAAUGAUGCUCGAACUGAACUGUUGCCAUUAUCCAGUUUAGUGUCACCAAAAGUUUUAGACUUGAUAAUACUAGCACAAUCCGGCAAAGAUCCAAAUAACAUCAAAGAUUCAGAACAAACUUUAGCAAUUACUUUAAAGAGGAUUGUAUUAGGACGCUCAUUCUCUCUACGUCAUUAUAAGAGCUUGAAAAAUAAAACGGAAUUAUUAGAUGGAGCUAUAUGUAUUGGGGAUGGAAAUGCAAUUUUAACUGUGUUUCAAUUCCAGCACAUAGUAAAAACCCAAGGCAACAGUAUCGAUGGUUUGUUACGAAAAGUUAAUAAUUUACUUUCAAAUCAUUUCAAUCAACCUGGAAUGGAUGCACACCAGAACAAAAUGGUAGCUGAUUAUAUAAAACUAUUAGAAUGGCAGAAGUGUAGCUCUAUCCCAGAGCUCUACAACGCGUCAGCUCUGUCGUGUCUAUUACACUGUGUAACACAUCAUUGGACUGAAGGCGCGGGAAAUAUGAUGUCACCAUUGACAUUAUGUCAGAGACAACAGGUGACACCACUUCAGUAUGAUUGGGUUGUGUUAAACAUUCACGCAAACACUAAUAAAUGGGACAUCGUUGAAUCUUUGUUCACAAAGAAAGAUUGGCUCGGCCGCACGACCGUCUCAUCACACAUACCGAUAGAAACAUUGAUAUCUCGUUUAAGCGAACUAAAGGCUUCAAUACAAAUGAUAGCCACUUGCUUAAAUAAAGUUACUAACACUGAAGAUAGAUUGAGAUUGGCGCAGAAAUAUAAGGUACAUUCAGUGGUUAUAGAUAUUUACGCGAAACAGAAGGACAGAGACGCACUCACUAACUACAAGAUGACUUUAAAUCCGCAGUCCGAAGAAUACAUACUGGCAGAGAACACGAGCAGAGACACGGUAUAUACAUAG